AUGUGGAGUAAGUCAUCCUGUUGUUUUAACACCAAUAGAAAGGCUGUUGCAAACUUGGUCAAGGGUUUUAGAUUUGGUAUUGCUGCCAUCUACCACCACAAUGGUUCAACCUCAAGGUCUCUCCGCCGCCGCGAAAAGAGUCCUCAUUCGACCAAAUCAUUGCUCAUGCAGGGCCAAAGCUACAGAAUAAGCAUCCUUGGCCGUCCAUCCCCUUAUUCUAUGAACCAUCUACUCCUCGGCCGUCCAUCUCCUUAUUCUAUGGAUCAUCCCAUGGCUCCUGCCCGUUUCUCCGUGGAGGAGUAUAACAAGAAAAAGGGCAGUGACCGAGAUUAUAUUGUGGACUGGAGGCCCAUCAUGGGUCCUAUCCGCGACCAGAUGGAUAGUUCCCAUUGUUGGGCCAUAUCCACAUGCGUAUGCGCCGAGGCGCUAUAUGCUCUAGAGACACGGAGACGAGUUAUGCUCUCCCCGCAAAGUAUCGUGCGCCGUUUAAGAGUUUCCAGUGAUCGAGGUUAUUCUCUGAGCAAGUCUUUUCAGCUGAUGAACACUGGUGGUGCUGUACUCGAGAAAGAUUGGCCGUAUAUGGGGAAGCGAAAGAAGGUCAGAUUUUCAUUGGUGAAAUUAGCUUAA